GGAAUGGUACAGUCCUCAGGUAUAUAAGUCCAGGUACUGGCUGAUCUACACAGUCUGCUAAGAGCUUUGCAAAAAUGAGUGACGCUAGUAAGAGUCCGGUAUUUGGGGGGUGGAGUAAACCCAGGUCACCUACUAAAGAGGAUCAAGAUAUUCUUGAUAAGGUAAAAGAACAGUUUGAUGGUCGUAGAGAUUCGCCUACCAGCACAUUUCUGGCACUCCUUGUCCGUACUCAGAAGGUUAGCGGCGGAAAAUACCUUUUCUUGGUUGACAUUGGAGAGCCCAAAACUAUCUGCCUUUUCAUGUUCCUACCUCUGUAUAAGGAACCAACUUUGGAGAAUAUCCUGCCGGCUAUGAAAAUACUGGAGGAACCGUUGCAUCUCUAAAAUGAAGAUAAGAAUGAUAGCAGAGAAUGAAGAUGAAGAAUCCUCAUAGGACAAAUAUUGCCUAAUUCACUUUUUAGUUAGCCCUCACAAAUUCCUAAUUAUAUCACAUGUCAUGGAGAAUAAAGUACACAGCACAUCUCUACAA